GUCCGGGAGGCCGGCCCGACUCCCCGCUGGUGCCCGGCCGGAGCGCGAGCGCUUCCGGGUGCCUCCCGCGGCCCCGCCGGCCGAAGGCUCGCCGUCCUGGCAGGCUGCGAAGAUCGGCGCGGGCAGGCCGGGCGCCGCUCGGCCCUCUCCUGCCUCCGGAGCCCGCCCGCAGCCCCAAGGAUGCGGCAGUAGCGGGAUGGUUGGCUGCGCGCUCUGGCAUGUCGUCCUGGACGGGCGAGCUGAAGGCGGGCGCUUCCGCGGCUAAGUUCUUCGUGGGCUCCCGCGAUGAGGAGCUGGACUUCCCGGGAGCAGAGCUGAAGAUGGAGCCGCUGCCCUUCUUUGAGGACGAGGAGGAGGAGGAGGAGGAAGAGUCGCCUCCAGAACGGCAGAUUGUGGUUGGCAUUUGCGCCAUGACCAAAAAGUCCAAAUCGAAGCCCAUGACCCAAAUCCUGGAGCGGCUGUGCAAGUUCGAAUACAUCACGGUGGUGAUCAUGGGGGAAGACGUCAUCCUGAACGAGCCAGUGGAGAAGUGGCCGGCCUGCGACUGCCUCAUCUCCUUCCACUCCAAAGGGUUCCCUCUGGACAAAGCCGUUGCUUAUGCCAAGCUCCGCAAUCCUUUUCUGAUUAACGACCUGGAUACACAAUAUUACAUCCAGGACAGGCGGGAGGUGUACCGGAUCCUGCAGGAGGAAGGAGUGGACCUGCCUCGUUAUGCGGUGCUCAACCGGGACCCUGAUCGCCCAGAGGAAUGCAGCCUGGUGGAGGGGGAGGACCACGUGGAGGUCAAUGGGGCCAUUUUCCCCAAGCCCUUUGUGGAAAAGCCGGUCAGUGCUGAGGACCACAACGUCUACAUCUACUAUCCCUCUUCGGCUGGCGGGGGCAGCCAGCGCCUUUUCCGCAAGAUUGGCAGCCGCAGCAGCGUCUACUCUCCAGAGAGCAGCGUGCGGAAGACCGGGUCGUAUAUUUACGAGGAGUUCAUGCCUACAGAUGGCACGGAUGUCAAGGUCUACACCGUGGGUCCCGACUACGCACACGCCGAGGCACGGAAGUCCCCUGCUCUCGAUGGGAAGGUGGAACGGGACAGUGAAGGGAAGGAGAUCCGCUACCCAGUUAUGUUAACAGCCAUAGAGAAGCUGGUGGCCCGAAAAGUCUGUGUGGCCUUCAAGCAGACGGUGUGCGGCUUUGACUUACUGCGGGCCAACGGCCAGUCCUUUGUCUGCGAUGUCAACGGCUUCAGUUUUGUGAAGAACUCCAUGAAGUACUAUGAUGACUGUGCCAAGCUCCUUGGGAACAUCAUCAUGCGUGAAAUGGCUCCCCAGUUCCAGAUCCCCUGGUCCAUCCCCACAGAAGCAGAAGACAUCCCCAUCGUGCCCACCACAUCAGGGACAAUGAUGGAGCUACGGUGUGUGAUUGCAGUUAUAAGGCAUGGUGAUCGGACCCCAAAACAGAAGAUGAAGAUGGAAGUGAAGCAUCCCAGGUUCUUUGUUCUGUUUGAAAAAUAUGAGGGCCACAAGACUGGGAAACUGAAGCUGAAAAAGCCGGAGCAGCUUCAGGAGGUGCUGGACAUUGCGCGACUGCUGGUGCAGGAGCAGGGCGCUCUCGGGGAUGCGGUGGCCGAGGAGCAGAAGUCGAAGCCGGAGCAGCUCAAGACCGUGUUGGAGAUGUACGGGCACUUCUCCGGAAUCAACCGCAAAGUGCAACUGACCUACCUGCCUCAUGGGCACCUGAAGGCAUCCAGUGAAGAGGAAGAUCUCAAGGAAGGCUCCCCGUCUUUGCUCUUGGUGCUGAAGUGGGGGGGCGAGCUGACGCCUGCCGGCCGAGUGCAAGCAGAGGAGCUGGGCCGAGCCUUCCGCUGCAUGUAUCCAGGGGGCCAAGGAGACUAUGCUGGUUUUCCAGGCUGCGGCCUCCUUCGCCUGCACAGCACCUACCGCCAUGAUCUCAAGAUCUACGCCUCCGAUGAGGGCCGAGUCCAGAUGACGGCAGCAGCCUUUGCAAAGGGCCUCCUUGCUCUGGAGGGGGAGCUGACGCCCAUCCUAGUGCAAAUGGUGAAGAGUGCCAACAUGAACGGCCUGCUGGAUAGCGACAGUGACUCCCUCAGCAGCUGCCAGCACCGGGUGAAGGCUCGUCUGCGAGAAAUCAUGCAGAAAGACGCCUCAUUCUGCUCAGAGGACUAUGAGAAGCUGGCGCCAACAGGCAGUACUUCACUCAUCAAGUCCAUGGGAAUCAUUGGGAAUCCAGUGGAGACCUGUGAACAAGUUUUUGAGCUGAUUGAGAGCCUCACUUCCCAGAUCCAGAAACGUCUGGAGGACCCCAAGUCUGCUGACUUGCAGCUGUACCACAGCGAGACCCUGGAGCUGAUGCUGCAACGCUGGAGGAAGCUGGAGCAAGACUUCCGACUGAAGAACCGACGGUAUGACAUCAGCAAGAUCCCCGACAUCUACGACUGUGUCAAGUACGACAUCCAGCACAACGCUGCCCUGCAGCUAGAAGGCCCCCAGGAGCUGCUCCGGCUCUCUAAGGCGCUGGCAGAUGUCGUCAUUCCCCAGGAGUACGGCAUCAGCCAGGAGGAGAAGCUGGAGAUUGCAGUGGGCUUUUGCCAGCCUCUCAUCAAGAAGAUCCAGCUGGAUCUGCAGCGAACCCACGAGGACGAGUCCGUCAACAAGCUGCACCCCUUGUAUUCCAGGGGAGUCCUGUCUCCAGGGCGCCACGUCCGGACACGUUUGUACUUCACCAGUGAGAGCCACGUCCAUUCCCUGCUUAGUAUCUUCCGUUACGGAGGCCUGCUAGAUGCCUCGAAAGAUGCCCAGUGGAAGAGGGCCAUGGACUACCUGGGAGCCAUUUCGGAGCUGAACUACAUGACCCAGAUCGUCAUCAUGCUGUACGAGGACAACAACCAGGACCCGUCGUCCGAGGAGAGGUUCCAUGUGGAGCUGCAUUUCAGCCCCGGAGUGAAAGGCUGUGAGGAGGAAGGCAGUGCCCCAGCAGGAUGCGGCUUUCGCCCGGCCUCUGCAGAGAAGGAGGCCAGAAAGCCGGAGCAGGGCAGUCUGGAGGACCUGGCUGAGUCCAAGGGCAGCAAGGAGACAGACAGGGCGGAGGCCCCGCAGCCCUCGGAGCCGGUCUGCCUCCAGCGCCGGUCCCCCUUGAUCCGGAACCGCAAGGCUGGCUCCAUGGAAGUGCUGUCCGAGUCAUCCAAAUCCGGCGGGUACCGGCUCUUCUCCUUCGCCAGGCAUUCGUCAGAAGGGAAGCAAAGCGCCCUAGGGUCACCCUGCUCAAGGCUCUUCAGCACCACGGUCCUGGGGGGCUCCUCCAGUGCCCCAAAUCUUCAGGACUACGCCCGCAGCCACGGGAAAAAGUUUGUCUCCAGCUUUCUGUACAAAGACGAGCUCUUGUCCAUGCCAGCCAUAAAGAGAUUUUCUGUGUCAUUUGCAAAGCAUCCAACUAAUGGGUUCGAAGGCUGUUCCAUGGUGCCCAGCAUCUACCCAUUGGAGACGCUGCACAACUGCCUCUCUCUUCGCCAGGUCAGCGAUUUCCUGACUGCUCUGUCCGGGAGCUGCCCCGACUCCCACCUGAAGCCCUGCACAGAGGGGAGCACGUUCGACGUGGCCUCUGGCAAAGGCUGCAUGGAACCCUUGCCUUCUUUGGCCAGCUGCUUCCACGAGGACCAGCCUGGCGACAGGCCCCCCAGUCAGGACCUGCUCAGCGUGGAAGAAGGGGGCCUGCAGGGCUUUGCCCCUUGGGGGGAGCUCCUGGCAGUGAGAGAGGAGGAGGCGGCGGGGCCAGAGCAGAAUCGGUUGGAGGAGGCCCCAGCUGAGAGGGGCAGCCAUGGGGCCUGGGAGGCCCAGAGCCAGAGCCAGACCGGCUGAAGAGCAAAGAGGCGCUCUGGACCUUGUUUCAAAGGCCCCCAGCGAGGCGCUCAGGGACCUGGCCUGGGAGCGGAGGCAGGGCACCUUCUGCUCCUCGGCAGCACCUGGGAAACUGCCGUUUGACCAGCAAAAGCCCAGAGCGGUGAAGACUCCAGCCAGGAGCCAGGCUGCCCCAGUGGAGCAGCCCAGGCGGACUCUGCACUCCAGGUUUUCCAGGGGGAUUUUCUGGUGAGGCCGCUGAAGCAGCGAUCCCCCUGAAGCCCCUUCCCAGCCUUGCUGGAAUCACCAAGUGAACCAGGUUUUCUUAGGAAUAUACAAAUCAGUGGCUGGGGGUGCGUGUGGGGGUGUUACCAAAUGCAAAUAGUAAUAUAUUCUUUGCAUCUGUGGUGGGGGGAGGGGCAGAUGUCACGUCCAAA